GAUUCAUACACUUCACCCAUCUCACAAUCAGCUCAGAUCCCGCAGUUUCAGUCCUCACUUCUGAUUUAUCAAAAGCAAGCAGUGCUCAACCCCGACCGCCGUGCAAAUGCUCUGCGCAGUGUGCGAGAACGAGACGUUUGUGGAGGACGAGGACGGCUUCUUUGUGUGCGACGCAUGCGGCACACAGUCGCAGGACUUUCGCCAGGAGGUGUCCGAGGUCGACGUUGCCGAGCUGGGCACCUUUCGGAGAUCGAGGAAGGUCGUGCGAAACUACGCCUCCGCGCCGGAUCCAUCCACCCGCAGCGACAACGUCGAAGACAACCCGACGCUGCUCGCUGGAGUCGAACCGCGCGAUGCACUCCUGGCUGCGCUGCAAUGCGUAUUACAAAUGCAAGUCCGAGUCAUGAUUACCAAGCUGCACGUCGCGCCCGAGCUGAAGAAUGUCGCCGGAAAGAUGUGGUUUUCCUUGUUGAAGGCUGCUCGUGUGAUGGGAGACGAUCAGGACGAUGCGAGUUCUGCUGCCGUUGUUGUGACUGCCGUCGAGCCGCCAACGAUGGGCGCAUCGGCAAGUGCUGCUAGCAACGCAUCUGCUCCAGCGUUCUCGCCUGUACGCGGGUGGGCGGCACGCUUUGCACCAGAGCCGUCCGCGUCGCCACUUUGGGCUUCGCCAGCCACUUCGCCCGCUCCGCAUGCGCCAUCCGAAUACGACAUGCCGCCACGAUUCUUGGAUUUGAGCAGUGUUCAGGCACAACAAUCCCGUGAUAGCCAACGACGACGCAUGCAAGCACAAGCCGCUUCUCUGCUGGCCAAACCAAAGCUGCAGCUGUGUCUCGCCAUCUUGUUCCUGUCGUGCAACUAUCUCUGCGUGCCAGUGUUGCUCAUGGAUAUAUUACGAUUGGUGGAGCGUGGCGAACUGCCAUUCGUGUCCGCUCAUGCCGCGCUUCCUCCGUGCUUUAGAAAGCCAACGGUCGCAUUUCGGUCCCUUAAACCGCAGCGAAUCCCGUCGUCAGAGAAAAUGUUUCAGCUAGUUCGUAAGGUGGCUCGAGUGAUCGAGAUACCGUCGGAUCUUCCGUCGUGGUCACCACUAGCCUUCUGGACGACGACGCUGCAGGAUUUGGCACUGCCUGAAAUCAUGCAGCAGCAGAUAGCUCAACUCGCAAUGCUUGCGCCGGUCUCGUUGCAUGUUCAUGCAUCCACGAAAACUAUUCCAGAAGUGGCAUGCAUGGCCUUUGUUGUUCUGGUGCUCAAACUACACUUUGGACUGGAUGACAGCGAGCCAAGAUCGCGUGAUACGGCAGCACACUGGAAUGAAUGGGUCGCGCACAUGAGAGUCAAGUUUUCCAAACUGUUUUCUCCCGGAACGUCAUUACUUUCUGCCAUGUCUGCCUCGGAAGAAGCUCAGCUACUGCAUUUUGCCGACCAGCAUGUGUUUGCUGCUGCCAAUCCAACGCCAGCAACAAUCAACGACAUUCUGCACGUUCUCAAACAGGCUGUGCCAGCGUCCGCUCCUGCUGCCAUGAGCGACAACGGCCCCACAUCUGAUGCAACAGCAGCUGCACCCAUUCUCCAGCUUCCUCCAGAUAACCCUGACGUGUCCCAAACGUACAUUCACUACUCUGCAGCCGACGACCUGGGCGAAUUUCAUGAUGCCUAUGCGUUUCUUUUGGCGAUUUGCGCUACAAAGUGCCGAGCCAGUCCCGAGACGCUCCAGGUCGCCGUCAACGCACUCGAGCGCACGCUGAUAGUCUCGAGCGGCUCGAUGCCCUGAUUCAGGUUCAUGAUUCGUGGAUGAUCGAUUGAGCCUGUCGAGCUCCCCUUUGUGGUUCUGCACCCUUUUAUCUUAAUCUCUUAAUAACGCGUUAACAUUGUUCC